AUGGAGAUGGCUGCUGAAGACAUAGUGAUUCAGGAGACCUUGGGGGCAGAGGUGGAGCUACUGGAGGAUGUGAACAAAGCCCACAAGCAGAGCCCACCGGUGAGUUGUUUAAACAGAGUUGAUACAGGCCAGAGACUACAGUUAUCAAUAAUAUCCUAUCAGUGUUCACAGUGUCAUCCAUCCCAAAUCAUGUACAGCGGGAGAGUACAUAUCAUGUUGAUAGCUGUCAAUUUAGAUAAUAAUUUGUUUGAGGAAUUUUUCAUUAUUUACAUUUUUAACCCAAAUUCCCUUUCAAUCGAUUCAGUCUGGCAUGGAAAUGGAAUUGGCUGUGUAUCCCUCUUGAAUGUAUCCCUAUCUAUAAUUCUCUCUUACCUCUCUCAAUGCCCUCUCCAUCAGCUGCCUUGUUAUUUUUCUCUCUUUCUCCUCUGCAGGACAGAGAACCCGUCUGAAAAUCUCAACUUUAUUUCUACACCUGUACACUUGGUACUUUUGAUAUGAUUUCCUUUAUGUAGGCUAUUAAAGGAGAAGUUCACUCUUUUGAACCAAAUCUGUAUUUUAGAUGUAAAUGGCAUGUUAUAGAAGUACCCAGACACUUUUUCCUGCGAUUUCACUUGUUUUUGAGAAGCGUACCCCACCAGUGAUAUACUUCUUCAUGCUCGUUCAGCAGUUGCAGGGGCAUUAUAAAACAGGAACAAAGGCUCCAAAAACACCCAAGUACAUAUUUUUUGAAACAGCAACUCUCUCAGUAUAGUGAUGCAGGUCUUUAGAUAUUGUACACAUUCAAUUGUGUGAUUCCGAACUUUAUCCGCAACGCUAUAUUCCAUUUUGUGUGACUUGAGUGAUACUUCUCCGUGUAGCCCAUUCUAUUUUUCCGUGUGUGUAUGUGCAGGCUACACGGAGAAGUGGCACAGAUGCAUAGGGGAAACUGCUUGAGUCGCACAAAAUGGAAUAUAAAGGUGUGAUUAAAGUUCGGAAUGACAGAAUGUCAUGUGUAUUGCUGGUGAGGUAAGUUUCUCAAAAACAAGUGUCUGGAUACUUCUAUAAAAUGCCAUUUACAUCCAAAAUACAUUACUUAUCCUUUAAUGAAUUGAUUAAGAAAAACUACUUGGGCUGUUAUGCUUUGAGUAUGCUGAAGCUUAGGCUGUAUCUUUCUGUAGACUGUUUCCAAGGCUCUAUUUAUUUACCUUCACCAGUGCCUGCCUCAUAUGUAAGCAAUUGGCAAACCAAAAUAUAUUUGUGGUCAGUCAAUAGUCAUCACUUUGUAAACUAUUGAUUUAUUUACUCACUUUGUCUUUAAUAUGUAAUUUUGCUGUGAAUUGCAGGAGAUCCCCAGGGUUUCUGUGCCAUGCCCAUUCUCCAUGCCAGAGGACUCGAGUGACGAUGACUGUGACCUGUCAGGGGACAGCGUCUCUGCUUACGGUAUACAUUCCAUGGAGCUGGGGGGAAAGUGCUGGGAAUGUGGCGUGCAAUUCAAGUCUGGUCAGGAGUUGAUCGAACACUUUGAGAGCCACAGGUCCAAGGUCUCAACGUCCUGCAACAUAUGUCGGGUGACUUUCAGUCGCACAAUAUCACUGGCCAUGCACCUAGUCAACGCACACCCAAACUCAGUCCUCCAUUGCAGCAGCUGCCAGCUGCAUUUCAGCAACUUGUGGGAUCUCAACAAGCACAUAGGAAUACACUUGUUCACUGAGUUGUUAAAUACACCCCUUGAGGACAUCUCAAAUAAUGGCUUGAAUAGCAGUGAAGAGACUUUAAAGGGACAGUAUACUCUACCUUCAGCAGUGGCCCUUAAACAUGAGGACAACUCAAAUGAUUGCUUGAAUGGAAGUGAAGAGACUUUAAAUGCACAGUGUACUGUACCUUCAGCAGUGGCCCUAGACCAUACAUACAGCAUGGAAAGCAAUGGGAGAGUGACAAAGACAAGACAUAGGCUGGAGGAAUCAGAGGAGGAGGAAGAUGUCAAACCAGACCCCUCCAUUCUGACCCCCUCACUGAGGAUCCGUGUCAAAUUGGAGAGAGGGGUUGAGGUUGAUGGCGCCCCCCUCCAGUGGGAUGAGGGGAUGAGCGAUGGAGAGGGGUCUGAACAUAGCGAAGACACUGAGAGCGCAGGAGGAACAGACAACGACAGGUUAACAGAGAGCAGCGGGGAAACGGAUAUCGAUGAGGAGGACAUCAGGCUGAGUGAAGAGAGGAGGAGGAAAUGAAGAGCAAACAGGGGGAGGAUAGGAAGAAUGACAUCCAGAGCGAAAAAGAGGACGAGGAUGCUGAGAUGCUGAUUGACCAAGAUGGUGAGCCCUCCUCGUCUGAGCGGGAAUCAGAAUUUGACCCAGAAGAGUUAUCAGAUUCUGACUCGGGGUCCAGCAGCAGCGGGGAAUCCAGUGGGUCUUCUUACACGCCUGUACGCACAAGGAACGUCAAGACUCGGCCAUCUCGGACAAAGCGGCCCCGGACCAAGCUGCCCCAGACCAAGUUGUCCCAGGUCAGGCCUUAUUAUUGCAUCUAUUGCGCCAAAGGACCGUAUCAUAAUAUGGACUUUCAUGUGAAGAGCUGCAAUAUGAAGAAGGACUUUCAAUGCUCUUUGUGCCAAGCCGUCUUCCCUACCGAGAUGGCCAUGUUGGACCAUGAGGUUCGGACUCACUCCGAAGCUAUAUCGGGCCAAAUGUACGCCUGUGAGUUCUGCCGUCAGGUCUUCCCCGAUCUGGCCUUCUACCAAAACCACAACUGUCCCAAAAAAGACACAUCCCCCCCCAUAUGUCCCUGA